AAAGCUAAAUGAGAGUACUUGGGACACACUUUUCAAUUCUGAAUGAUGCCCUUUAGCAAAGCGAGAAAAGAGGACCUUGAAGAAAAUAAGAAAUCUGAACAAAUCUGUGAAGAAAUCAUUGGCAUUGAAGGCACAGCUGAUGAAGAGCCCAAAGAACAAUGUCAGAAACAAAAGCACAAAAUGAAAAUGGCAAAAAAUAUGAAAAUGAAAAGCUUUAUAAAACACAGAAAAAAUUCAAAAUCUGAAGCUGCUCUCACCCCCGAAACACUGUUAGAAGUGGACCUUGACACCAUUGAAGGCAUAGCAGAUUCCCCUGGUGAUCCUCAAGUGGAAUGUCAGAAACUAAAAAUCAGAAUCAAAAUAUCAGAAAAAAUUAAACGACUUGACUUCAAGAAACGGCAGAAGAAUUCAAAAUCCCCUGAAACUCCAACAGUGAAGCUAGAUUUCAAUGGGAACCUUGAGCAGAACCGUUUGGCUGAAGCACAGCAGCAGCUGUUGGAAGCGGAGGAAUGUCUCUUCAGUUCAAAAGAAGUGACCAGGGCAGAAGAUGAGGAAGACAAGCUGCAUACGGACUAUGAGAUCUUUAUUUUGCGACUGAGAUUGGUCAUCCAUGACUCUUUCAGUGAGGACAACCAGGAGACACUCAAGAGUGCUUUGACUUCAAUACUUAAAGAGGAGGCACAGGACAGACGCUGGGCAGAAGUGGCCGUGGAUCAGCGACCAAUAUGGAGGCCCACAAGGUGCAGAAAGAUCCAUGACACAUUACUCCAGAAUAUCGUGGAGCAACGAAUGAAGAAUGCAGAUGAACAGGAGAAUAAAGCAGACAACCUGUCUACCUCCUUGAAGAAAGAGGUUUGCCGAAUGGGCAAACGAGUGCAGAAAGACCUACUCAGGGUGGUCCGAAAUCUGAGAGAGUGUUACCCACCAGAUUUUGACAUCUGCCGAACGUAUGCUCAGCUCUACCAUCAAGCAUUUUCCACCAGACUCCAAGAGCUUGCCAGAUCCAAUAUCAGUUUAGAGGAAUGCCUCUAUAUAUUGAGUUGGAUUGUGGAUUACUACCCAAAAGAUGUACUGAAGCAUAAAGAACUAGAGGAGCAUAUCAACAGUUCAUCACUUGGACCUCUGUUACCUGAAGAGGAUCUUAAGAGAUUAGAGAAACAGUACUUCUCUUACAAAGAGAAUGAGAUCAGAAAGUGGUUAUCCAAUGCUUUUGAGAAAGAAGUGAAAAAAUGGAGUGAUGACAUCGAACCAGAGCUGAUGGAUGGAUACUACUUCAGUAACUUUGCUGUAGAUGUUUUACCACUUGUUGAUGGGGCUGUAAAAGAUGUCAACACACUUUUGAGCUGUGAACGUAAAGCCUGGAGUCUUCUAAACCAGCUGGACAGCUUUCUUCUGAGCUAUAAGACAAGUCUGGAGGAACUUAUCAAAAGAAAACAAGAAAACAUUCCUAAAACUCUCAGUGCUAAUCUGGUUAAUAUUUACCAGUUUAGGGAUUAUGUACAAAAACCAGAGCAUCCUUUCUCAGAGGACACCAGAACAGCUUGCCUGUCCACAUUAGCAGAUCUCAAAAAAAUUUGUCACAAAUACUUCCUCAGUCGAAUUCACACAGAACUAAAGCCGCUGUACCAUAAACUGUGGACUCAAGUUUGGUUUGCUGGACAUUGUGAGGUUGGGGAGGAGCUGGUGAAGGCGCUUGAGAAUAACAUAGACAAUUUCAAAGAGCUAAAGCCUGUCUGCAGAGAGGAGCUACUGGCUGAGCUGCAUGUAGAAGUAAUGGUUGAGUAUGUGAGGCGAAUGAUGAAGAGAAAACUGAAACUGAAAGACAAAGAGCAGGAAGAAGCAGCUGCUGAGUUCAUCUGCCACGACAGCAAUAAAAUGUGCUCUGUGUUUGCCAAAGUGGGAUCCAGAGAGGAAUGGCUCGGUCAAAUACUGCCAAAAUUAUCAGAGAUUCUGAGACUACAGGAUCCUGGGAGUUUGCAACUUGAGAUAGUUACUCUGGCAAGAGACUAUCCUGACAUUAGUAAGCAGCAUGUUCUUGCUCUCCUAAACCUGAAGACCAACCUUUCAAGCUCAGAUCUGCGCAGGAUCAAAGUGUGUCUGAGUGAAAACAGAGGCACACUGGACACAGAGUCCCCUACUUCCUUCUUUUCUAAAGUACUCGUCAAACGGAAAAUCAUCUGAAUGCCCUGUUACAUCUAUAGCUAAUGUGAAACAACUGUGAUUCACACUGUAAUAGAUAAUCAGUAUUGUUAUGUAAUAUCAUGUUUAUUAUUAAGGAAACUCACAAUUUUAUUCUGAUUUUACACUCUUCUUUAGAAGUACUCGUCAUAUGGAAAGUCAUCUGAAUUCAGUUACUAUUAAUUGCUAAUGUUAAACAACUAUGAAGCAUACAGUACUGUGAUACAAAAUCAGUAUUAUCCAUCCAUUUUCCAUGUCCUCUGCAUGGUCGGGGUUGGAGUCUAUCCCAGCGGGGGACGCACAGUAUAAUCAGUAUUAUUUUACGUAAUAUGUAUUAUUACAAAAACUCAGUCAUAUGAUUGUUACAGUUUUUCUCAACUGAUUUUACACUGUUCUCUAAAAUUAAGGUCGAGAACAGUGUAUUUUGAAAGUUGUAUUUAAUCAAUAGCAUUUUUGAAUAUGGCUAAGUUUUUUUAGAGCACUGAAUUUGUGUAAAACCAGUUGAGAAAACCUGUGAAAUGCCAACAGUCUAAAUGGUAAAAUCAAAUGGAAAAAGGUGUAUAUAUAUUUAUUCUAA